AAUUCACACACACGGCGGAAGAGAAAUAAACAGCUAAUUACAACAAAUGCACAUUUAUUUAUUUUUUUCAAAGUGUUAACAACAAGCGUGUUAAUUCGCUAAUACGGCAUGCGAAGUGGUUAAGUGAGUGCGGCGAUCUUUGGUACUAAUGUGUUAACAAUUUGUGUAAAAAUCAUUUCUUUCGUGUUUUUUUUUUUUGUAUUGUGUUGCUGUUGCGGAAAUUGAGACGCACCGCACUACAUGUCUAUAUACUAUGUGAAUGUGUGUGUGUUUGUGAAAGAAAAGGUGGAACAAAAAAGGCGCAGUUAGCGGCAGCCACAGCCGUUGCCGCAGUCAGACGCAAAAGUAUUAUUCGUAUGCAAGAAUUGUCGUCAUUAUAUGCCGUUGCCGUCGCUGCGUCCGGUUUAAAUCCAAUCAAGCGGCAAAAGAAAUAAAGCACACAAAACGUUGCCAAUGCUGCCGCCUCAUAGAUAUACAAAAUUGUUGUCGUCUGCGUGCCGUGUCCCCGUCCCAGUGUCCCCAGUUCGUGGUCGUGUACUUGCUGUCUAGUUGCUCUUCUGCAUUAUUCUGUGUGCCGUUAUUUCGUCAAAUACGACGUGAGUGCAUGGACGCGUGAGUGGUGAGUGAGUGCAUUCAACUCACGCACAUGCUGGCCUUCGAUAGACCCACAACCACCAUCACCACCACAGCUACAGUUUCAGUCUCAGUCAAUAGAAAGAUUCCAGAGGCGCCACUAAAGCCACUAUCACCAUCAAUCAGACAACAUGUUAUGCCAGUGCCGACAUCUACUCUAAAUCUCGCCAGUAACGACGAAACUUUUGCUAAACCCCAACGUCAAACGCAACCGCAGUCUGUAAUGCUCGCUAACGUGCCCUCAACGUCGGGUUCCGGUGCCGCCAGCUCUGGCGCCGCCACCAUCGUCCCCUCCACCGCUGUGGAUACUUGCGAUGAGCGGACACGCCUGCUGAGCAACACCCCUACGCCUCCACCUGCGCUUGUGGAGGUGUCUCCAAUGCCAACGCCAACACCGCCUACCACAUUGCCACUUGUGCACACGACGCAUCCGUCCCACCACGCCAUCAACAGAAACAGUAACAGCAACAACAACAACCCCAAUAAUAAUAAUAACAAUGCCGAUGUGAUCAAUGGCGUCUCAGCUGCAAACGCCAACAUCAGCACCACAAUGUCGAACAAUAAUAACGACAGCAUCUCCAUCGCCAUCGAUCCAACUGUUGAGGUUGAUGUGGAUGAUUUGUCUGAGGAGACAGCCACCACAGCCGGUGCAGCCGAUUCCUCAGAUCUAAGUGAUAAAUUCCCCCGCCCGCAUACGAAUCAGAAGAAGCCCAAGCUCAGUAAGCUGGGCACGAAGAGUGUCGGACUGAAACGUGUCUCCUUUGGCUCCUCCAAAGGUUCUAUGGUCGAGACAUUGGUCUUCGAGACACCCACGCCACUCUCGGAACAUGUGGAGCCGACUUUUGGCUUUGAUGCUGCCACUGUCUCGGCCGCAUCCGCUACCGCUGCUGCUGCUGGUCAACAGCAGCCACCGUCGCAUUUACCGCUAGUCACUUACAAUGACUACGCAAAAGUAAAUAUGGACGAUAGUGGCAUUGAAGUUCAGGAAGAAUCGGAGCGUUCUAUUGUACGCGUUUCAAUUUACCAAAGCAGUCAGCCGCAGCAAAUUUGUCCACCAGCUGAAUAUUUGUUAACGGGUUUUGCGGAUAAUCUAGAUAAUACGUUUAGUAGCUACAAUUGUAACUUAGACUAUACGACGAUGACAACAGCAGCUAUGCAGACGGCCGGCAUUGGACCGGCCUACGAUAGACAGCAGAGCACCGAUUCCGGUUGGGAUAAUCCAUUUCGUCCUGGCGGCGAUCUAUCCAGAGAGGCUGAUGAGAUUGUGAACAUGAUACGUGGUGGCAAGCCCAUAACGCCUACAGAGGAUCGUACAAUAGGCAAUGGCAGCGCACAGCAUGGCGACGAUAACUGCAAUGGGACGGCAAUAGGCGAGAGCGUGACUAAAACGAAUAUUUCACAGAAUCAAGCAGCACAAAACGGUACAAAUUCCCACGGCAGCAAAGUGGCCGGCUCGUCGUCGUCGACAGCAACAGCAGCCACAACAGUUGGCGGUGGUGGCAAAACGGAGAGCAAUAAUGGCGUCACUUCUCUAGCUCAAGUCUCAAAGCAAGUGGUACCUGGACCAACUUCGGCUAGUCAUGUGGUCAUCGACGAGAAGAAGAACAAGAAAAAGGGCUGCUGUGUGGUGCAAUAAUCGAUGAGUCGCAAACCGGGAGACACACCACGCACCACGCCAAGCUGCGCCCGCAUCGGCAUUGGCUGCGUGGACCGUGCGGAGGGUUGUCGCCAUUUAAGGCGCUGCUUAUCGUGUUUGAUGUUAAUGUUAAAUGCUAAUUGAUGGAUUGAUGGAUGACGACGACAUGGACAACGACAAGGACGACAAUGUGAACGAUAAAUAUGAAGAUGAUGAAGAUAAUGAAGAUAAGGAUUAGGACUAGGACUCGGACAUGGACAUGGACAUGGACUUGGACUCAGACAACAUGUUGAUAUUUGAUGCUGCUUUUGCAAAAUGCUUGCAAAACGCAUUGCGCUUAAAAAACAAUAACAAAACAAAAAAGAAGAAAACCCCAAGCUCUCUGCCCCCCGACCAACAACAACAAAGCACAGCAACAGCAAAUGGCAGUCAAUCAGUCGAUCAGUCAAUCAGUUGAGACAGCCGGUCCAGUCGAUCUGUCGAACUGCCUGCCUAUGUGUCUGUCUCUCUGUCUCACUCACUCUCUCACACUCACACACACAUACACUCUAACCCAAUGCGUGCUGUAGCUGUCACUGUCACUGUUGCUGUCACUGUUGCCGUCACUGUUGCUGUCACUGUCUAGCCGCGGUGCAGUUGUUUGCAGUUGCAACUAAAUUUAAAUACUAUAAUAUAUAUAAAUGCAUAUAUUUAUAUAUUUGUUAGUCUGGAUAUUUAUGUAAAAUCGAUGCUGAUGUUAAUUGUAGAUGCUGCUACAGUUGAUCAUGAUAAUUAUAUAUAUAUAUGUACAUAUGCAUA